UCGCAUUUUGAUUGUUGUACAUUAGUGUGGUCGAAAAAUAAUUUACAAAUUUUGGUCACUCUAGAGAGCGAGUCACCCCCUCCCAAGUUUCCAUUUCCAGAGAAUGAAAAUCCGUGCCCAAAUUGAGCCACAGGCGAACAACCGACAUGCAAGAAAACCGAAACUUCUACCUAUUAUGACACUUCCAUAUCAACAUAUAUAUAUGAAACAUUGGAGAGGGCUCGUUGAUGGACAAACCUAUCCGUUUAGUAUACAUACAACUUAUUUAACAAGGGGCUUCGUUCUCUUUGGAUGGCUCCAUCAGGGUAAAAUUCUACCAAUAUAUACAAUGGCGGGUCAUGCGGUUAUUUAUAACUUUGCAACGGAUGAUUUAUCAGUACCAGAACCUGAGAAGCUUCGAGAAUUAGGUGUCUUCACUCAUUGGCCACGGAAUAAUUUACACUAAAAAAAAUUGUUCUUGAAUUAAGUGAAUGUUACUUGAUUUCAGUCAAUCGCAGGUACGA